GAGUCGAGUGGAGGAUAUAGGGCGAAAGAGAGUGCUUGUUCCCGAAGUGGAUACCUGGCCUUGUUUCCCCGGGACUCUACCCGCCCCUACUUAAAGAAGAAAUAAUAGGAAGUGCCGGUUCUCCCUCACCUCUUCCGCAUUGUCCCGUGAUAAUGACGCCUCUGGGGAGGAUAAUCUGAGUUCCUGGGAGAGAUGUGCUGUGCACUGUUCCUGCCCUUGCACCAGCCACUUGUUUCAGUGUCACCACCUCAUGCCCUAUUCCAGAUAAUGCUUGGAAUAUUUUUCAAUGUCCAUUCCGCUGUGUUAAUUGAGGACGUUCCCCUAACGGAGAAAGAUUUUGAGAAUGGCCCCCAGAACAUAUACAGCGUUUACGAGCAAGUCAGCUACAACUGUUUCAUCGCCGCCAGCCUUUACCUCCUCCUCGGAGCCUUCUCUGUCUGCCAAAUUCGGCUCAAUAAGCGCAAAGAAUACAUGGUGCGCUAGAGCAUGGUCCCGUCUCCCCUCUCCAGGCCCCUCCUCUAUUUAAAGACUCCCGUCACCUGGGUCGCGCCCCCACCCUUUACGUGUCCCUCAGCGGGACUGGAUCUCCCUAGAGACUGAAUCACUUCUCUGGCAUCCAGCUGCGGUGGAGUGGGGCUGGGACUGCCGUUCCCUGUCUCUCCGGCCCCCUUGGUUUGUUCCGUACCAAAAUAAAGAGAAUCUGCUCUCUUA